UGGUCAGCUUCAGUCUCCAGCCGUGGGGGGCCCCCUGCUAAGGCCAGCCCUGUCAAUGAGUGACCAGAGAUUCCUGUAGUUCAGCCUCCUGCUGUUCCUGGGUUAGGGAGAGACAGCACUAACUAAACUCAUUGAAUCAGAACAGCACUUGUCCAUCUCAAAGAGGAAAAAUUAUUUUUUGCUAUCCACCCCAGCUGGAAUUUAGACCAGACUUACAGGCUUUCUGCUCCUUCCUUCAGUGAAGAAGAGUCUCCAGGGUCCCUCUAGUGCAGGUCAAAGAAGUCCAGAAGUCUAGCUGAGUUCAGCUCCCUAGGGUCUCCCCAGCCAGUCUCCUGGGCCAAGAGCUGGCUUUGCAAGAAAACAUCCUACUAAAGCCCUGGGAAAAGAGACAAACGGUGAAGAGGAGAAUGAAAGAUUUCAGGAGGGAGCUCCUGUUUUAGCCCUGCCACCUACCUGGGGGCCCUCUGGCUACCAGUGUCCUUGGAGGGCCUCCUUGCUGCUUCUCCCACUAAGGAGCUCUGGAGCCUUAGGACCAUGGACACUCUCAACAGGAACCAAAUAGGCCCUGGAUGCAAGACCCAGACCAUGGUGCAGAAAGGACCCUUGGACCUGAUCGAGACAGGCAAAGGGCUGAAAGUGCAAACGGACAAACCCCACCUGGUGAGCCUGGGCAGUGGGCGACUCAGCACAGCCAUCACCCUCCUGCCGCUGGAGGAAGGGAGGACGGUGAUUGGCUCUGCAGCCAGAGACAUCUCACUACAGGGCCCAGGCCUGGCUCCAGAGCACUGCUACAUCGAGAACCUGCGGGGCACCCUCACCCUCUACCCCUGUGGCAAUGCCUGCACUAUUGAUGGUCUCCCUGUCCGGCAGCCUACCCGGCUCACUCAGGGCUGCAUGUUGUGCUUGGGUCAGUCCACCUUCCUUCGCUUUAACCACCCGGCUGAAGCCAAGUGGAUGAAAAGCAUGAUUCCAGCAGGGGGCCGAGCCCCUGGGCCCCCCUACAGCCCUGUUCCUGCAGAAUCAGAAAGUCUGGUAAAUGGGAACCACACCCCACAGCCUGCAACACGGGGACCCUCGGCCUGUGCCAGCCACAGUUCCCUGGUGAGCUCUAUUGAGAAGGACCUGCAAGAGAUCAUGGACUCACUGGUGCUAGAGGAGCCUGGAGCUGCUGGCAAGAAGCCUGCCACAACCUCUCCACUGUCGCCGAUGGCUAAUGGUGGGCGCUACCUGCUGUCUCCCCCAACCAGCCCUGGUGCCAUGUCUGUGGGCUCCAGCUAUGAGAACACCUCUCCAGCCUUCUCUCCACUCUCUUCACCAGCCAGCAGUGGAAGCUGUGCCAGUCACUCACCCAGUGGGCAAGAGCCAGGACCUUCUGUGCCCCCACUGGUACCUGCCCGUUCCUCCAGCUACCAUCUGGCCCUGCAGCCCCCACAGUCCCGCCCAAGUGGUGCUCGCUCUGAGAGUCCUCGGCUGAGCAGGAAAGGGGGCCAUGAGAGGCCUCCCAGCCCUGGCCUCCGGGGUCUGCUAACAGACAGCCCUGCAGCUACUGUGUUGGCGGAGGCCCGGAGAGCCACUGAGAGCCCCCGGCUGGGUGGGCAGCUGCCUGUGGUGGCCAUCAGCCUGAGUGAAUACCCAGCUUCUGGUGCUCUCAGUCAACCCACCAGCAUUCCUGGCAGCCCUAAGUUCCAGCCUCCAGUCCCUGCUCCCCGAAACAAGAUUGGCACACUCCAGGACCGCCCUCCCAGCCCUUUCCGUGAGCCUCCAGGCAGUGAGCGGGUGCUAACAACUAGCCCCUCACGCCAACUGGUGGGCCGAACAUUUUCAGAUGGGUUAGCCACCCGUACCCUGCAGCCUCCUGAGAGUCCCCGCCUGGGCCGGCGGGGCCUGGACAGUAUGCGAGAACUACCCCCCUUAAGUCCAUCUCUGUCCCGGCGAGCCCUCUCCCCACUGCCCACUCGGACCACCCCAGAUCCCAAGCUAAGCAGGGAAGUGGCAGAGAGUCCUCGGCCCCGGCGCUGGGCAGCCCAUGGGGCUUCACCAGAGGACUUCUCCCUGACGCUGGGGGCACGGGGCCGUAGGACACGGAGCCCCUCACCCACACUGGGUGAGUCUCUGGCACCCCGCAAGGGCAGCUUCAGUGGCAGGCUGAGCCCAGCCUACAGUCUGGGCUCUCUUACUGGGGCUUCACCCUGCCAAAGUCCCUGUGUCCAGAGGAAGCUCUCCAGCGGGGACUUGCGGGUGCCUGUCACAAGGGAGCGGAAAAAUAGCAUCACAGAGAUCAGUGACAAUGAGGACGACCUCCUGGAGUACCACCGGCGACAGCGCCAAGAGCGGCUCCGGGAGCAGGAGAUGGAGAGGCUGGAACGCCAGCGCCUGGAGACCAUCCUGAACCUGUGUGCCGAAUACAGCCGGGCUGAUGGGGGAUCUGAGGCCGGGGAGCUCCCCAGCAUUGGGGAGGCCACCGUAGCAUUGGCACUGGCAGGCCGGAGGCCCUCACGAGGCCUUGCAGGGGCCUCUGGGCGGAGCAGCGAGGAGCCUGGAAUUGCCACCCAACGCCUGUGGGAGAGUAUGGAGCGCUCAGAUGAGGAAAAUCUCAAGGAGGAGUGCAGCAGCACUGAGAGCACCCAGCAGGAGCACGAAGACACACCUAGCACCAAGCUCCAGGGAGAGGUGCUAGCCCUGGAAGAGGAGCGGGCUCAGGUGCUGGGGCGCGUGGAGCAGCUCAAGGUCCGUGUGAAGGAGCUAGAGCAGCAGCUGCAGGAGUCAGCCCGAGAGGCCGAAAUGGAGCGAGCACUGCUGCAGGGAGAGAGGGAGGCAGAGCGGGCACUGCUGCAGAAGGAGCAGAAGGCAGUGGAUCAACUGCAGGAGAAGCUGGUGGCCUUGGAGACAGGCAUCCAGAAGGAGAGGGACAAGGAGAGGGCGGAGCUGGCCGCGGGACGGAGGCACCUGGAGGCCCGCCAGGCGCUCUACGCCGAGCUCCAGACGCAGCUCGAUAACUGCCCCGAGUCAGUGCGGGAACAGUUACAGGAGCAGCUGAGAAGGGAGGCAGAGGCCCUGGAGACUGAGACAAAGCUCUUUGAGGACUUGGAGUUCCAGCAGUUGGAGCGGGAGAGCCGCGUGGAGGAGGAGCGUGAGCUGGCCGGUCAGGGGCUGCUCCGGAGCAAGGCUGAGCUGCUCCGCAGCAUCACCAAGAGGAAGGAGCGCCUGGCCGUCCUGGACAGUCAGGCUGGGCAGAUCCGGGCUCAGGCCGUGCAAGAGUCAGAACGCCUGGCCCGGGACAAGAAUGCCUCCUUACAGCUGCUGCAAAAGGAGAAGGAGAAACUGACUGUGCUGGAAAGGAGAUACCACUCACUCACGGGGGGCAGGCCUUUCCCGAAGACUACAUCGACCCUCAAAGAGGCCGAGCUGCUCAUCUCCGAGUCCUCAGAGAUGGGGCUGGGGACUAAGGCUCUGGGCCUUUUCCCAGGGUCUUCUCAGGCUGGGGCCUCCUCUGUCUCUUUAACCCCACCUGCUUCCACUCUUCUCUGCCCCAAAGCACAAGAGUACGUGAUGCUUGAGCAGCUAAAGGUGAUGCGGGACACCUCGCCCAUGCCCCCAGCCCCUGUGCCAGGCCUUUCUCCCUGGGCCUCCGCCUCCCGGGACCUGGUUCCCACCACCUGCCUUCCUCCCAUGCCGCCCUCCUCCUCGUUUGCUUCCAUCACGCCUUCACCCAAGAUGGAGAAGCUGCUGCUCCCUGCUGUAGACUUAGAGCAGUGGUACCAGGAGCUGAUGGCCGGGCUGGGGACUGGCCCCACUGCAGCCUCCCCUCACUCUUCUCCCCCGCCUCUGCCCGCCAAAGCUUCCCGUCAGCUGCAGGUUUACCGCUCCAAGAUGGAUGGCGAGGCCACUAGCCCCCUUCCCCGGACCCGCAGCGGCCCCCUCCCCUCCUCCUCUGGCUCUUCCUCCUCCUCCUCCCAGCUCAGCGUGGCUACCCUGGGGCGUAGCCCCUCCCCAAAGAGCGCUCUACUCACCCAGAAUGGCACGGGCAGCCUUCCUCGCAACCUGGCAGCCACGCUGCAGGACAUCGAGACCAAGCGCCAACUAGCUCUGCAACAGAAGGGACAACAGGUGAUUGAAGAGCAACGGCGGCGACUGGCUGAGCUGAAGCAGAAAGCGGCAGCUGAGGCACAGUGCCAGUGGGAUGCCCUGCACGGGGCAGCCCCCUUCCCAGCGGGCCCCUCGGGCUUCCCCACUCUCAUGCACCACUCUAUCCUACACCACCUGCCUGCGGGGCGGGAGCGUGGGGAGGAGGGUGAGCACGCCUACGAUACACUGAGUCUGGAGAGCUCUGACAGCAUGGAGACCAGCAUCUCCACUGGGGGCAACUCGGCCUGCUCCCCUGACAACAUGUCCAGUGCGAGUGGUCUGGACAUGGGGAAGAUCGAGGAGAUGGAGAAGAUGCUGAAAGAGGCUCACGCAGAGAAGAACCGGCUCAUGGAGUCGAGGGAGCGGGAGAUGGAGCUGCGGCGGCAGGCCCUGGAGGAGGAGCGGCGGAGGCGUGAGCAGGUAGAACGGAGGCUACAGAGUGAGAGUGCCCGGAGGCAGCAGCUGGUGGAGAAGGAGGUCAAGAUGCGGGAGAAACAAUUUUCCCAGGCACGACCCCUGACCCGCUACCUGCCAAUCCGGAAGGAGGACUUUGACCUGAAGACACAUAUUGAGUCAUCAGGCCAUGGUGUUGAUACCUGCCUGCACGUGGUGCUCAGCAGCAAGGUCUGCCGUGGCUACUUAGUCAAGAUGGGCGGCAAGAUUAAAUCAUGGAAGAAGCGCUGGUUUGUCUUCGACCGGCUCAAGCGCACCCUUUCCUAUUAUGUAGACAAGCAUGAGACGAAGCUGAAGGGAGUCAUCUAUUUCCAGGCCAUUGAGGAAGUGUACUACGACCACCUGCGCAGUGCAGCCAAGAAGAGGUUUUUCCGCUUCACUAUGGUGACUGAGAGCCCAAACCCAGCCCUCACCUUCUGCGUGAAGACCCAUGACCGGCUGUACUACAUGGUGGCCCCAUCUGCAGAGGCCAUGCGCAUCUGGAUGGAUGUCAUCGUCACAGGGGCUGAGGGCUACACUCAGUUCAUGAACUAACUGCUGUGGGCCUCCUGGCAGAGCACAACUGAGGCUUUUGUAUAAGAAGACUUUAAUAUUCUGUAAAGAGCUUGGUCCUGUGAGUUUCUGGGCUCUGGCCUCCUGAAGAACCAGCCAGAAGAAGAAAAGUGGAAGUGGCUUUGCUGCCUCCUGGGAGCCCAGAACUUGCAGUAACCCUUUAGGGUCCUGUCUCGGGCCCAGCCAGGGCUGAGGAGCUGUUACAGAGAGGGCCUCAGCUCCGACCUGACACCUGCUCUCCCCAGCCUGUUUUCUCUUUUCUAAAAGACAAAUUAUGGUACCAUAAGCUGCCAAAGAUCCCCUCCUGCCUCAGACCCCUUUGCCAGGGGCUUUGGGGGCUAAGCAGAACCACAUCCAGAGUGGGGUAAUAGCUCAGGCAGCCCACUUCCCACUUCUCAAACCCCACUCUGCCCCAUUGUUCUCCUUUCCCAUAUCCUUUGUAUCACCUUGCUCAAGGGCCAGAGAUCUCAAGUGUCAUCCUUGAGGUCCCAGCUCCAUCCCCUAGUUGCAGACCCAUCACCAUGGUUACCAUAGCGACUGCUUCAUUGCCAUGGUUACAUACUAAUUGCUGCAGUUCUGUGGCCCAGCCCACUGCUUCAGCUAUGGGCCAUCUGAGGGUACGUGCCAUCAUCUCUCCAGCCCAGGCCCCUGGGCAUCUCAUGCUGGGGGAAAGGGACUGAACACCUGUUCCCUGCCCCAUGCCUGUGUCUUCAGCCCUUAUGCACAGCCUGCCAGCCCCCCAGUCCAGCCCUCUCCCUUCCACUGGUGCCUUGCUUAGAGCCAGAAGGGAUGAAGCCGGGGGAUCUAGGGAACAGAGGAGGAGCAAUGCGGUUGGGAGGGGAAGCUAGAAAGGUUAUAGUUGAGUUCUGUACAGGGUCGAGUUUCCGACAGGGAAAGAGGAUUCCUCUGAUGCUCCUAGAGGGAAAGCCUGAGCAGGAGAUGAUGCAGCAGAGGGGAAGGGCCCUGUGGUGCCACUGCCCUUCCUUCAGCCUCCGAAGGGCGAUGGAAAUGGAGAGUGGAGGACCAGGCCUCCAGCUGUCCGGCCUCGCCCUUCACGCCUUAACACAAAGCCCACCUCCCCUUCUCUCCUUCCCAGCAUUGAGCCCUUGGUUGCGUGGGCCCAGGCUGGGGGUUUUCAGUAUUUGUAAGCAUUUCAGCAGAACAAUAAAGCCUUUGGACUACG